GUACGCAGUGAGUACCGAGCGAACGCUCACGUUUCGUAGCUUGUACUACGGUGGAGGAUUUCACGCGUAUGACACACACGCAUUCAUAUCACACACAAUGGCGUCUGUUAAAAACCAUUUUUAAAGUAGCAUCCGUGUACUUGCAUAUGUGUGCGCGGAAAAAGAAUGUCUCGUUGUUUACCAGCUCGAGAGGAGGAAAACUGAGUAAAUGGAGCGAGCCACGGUAGUGAAGCGUCGUCCAGGACGAGUCUAAAUCUGCAAAUGUAAUUGGUGUGGUGAUGGUCAAUGGCUCGCCGGCAGUUUAAAUUCUAGGUUAAAAAUCACGAGACAAGACACGACGACGGAUACACACAACGAAAGAAGAUGAAUAUCUACGAGCCGGACGACGAUAUCUUCCAGGACCUCGAGCCGGUCACGUGGGGAGAUAUCAGUGAUGAAAUUGAAUGCCUCAACGGUGUCGAUGACGGCAACACGUUCUUCCACAGAGUUGCCUCUGAUCAGAUCAUCUACGAGGAGAAAAAGCGCUGCAAGUACAUUGGCAAGUAUGUAAUGGGUGACCUCUUGGGGGAAGGCAGCUACGGCAAGGUCAAAGAGAUGUUGGACUCUGAGACACUCUGUAGGAGAGCUGUGAAAAUUCUAAAAAAGAAGAAGCUUCGAAGGAUACCCAAUGGAGAGAGCAAUGUCCAAAGAGAAAUUCAACUUUUGAAGAUACUAAGGCAUAAAAACGUUAUCGGCCUUGUUGAUGUUCUUUACAAUGAUGAAAAGGAGAAGAUGUAUAUAAUUAUGGAAUACUGUGUUGGUGGGCUUCAGGAUAUGUUAGAAAGCUCUCCUUGUAAAAAGUUCCCUCUUUGGCAAGCACAUAACUACUUUUGUCAGUUACUAGAUGGCUUAGAGUAUCUUCAUGGAAGGAGUAUUGUUCAUAAGGAUAUAAAACCUGGGAAUUUGUUAUUAACGCUAGAUGGUACCAUUAAAAUCAGUGACUUUGGUGUAGCAGAGGCACUGGACAUGUUUUCCAAAGAUGAUACAUGUACGACUGGUCAGGGCUCACCUGCUUUUCAACCUCCUGAAAUAGCUAAUGGCUGUGAUUCGUUUGCAGGGUUCAAAGUAGACAUAUGGAGUAGUGGUGUUACAUUAUAUAAUAUAACAACAGGUGCUUAUCCAUUUCAAAGUGACAACAUUUACAAAUUGUAUGAAAUUAUAGGCAAAGGAGAAUAUACUAUUCCUGAAGACGUUGAAGAUGAUUUAAGAUCGCUUCUUCAAGGAAUGUUACAAAAAGAUACAGACAUUAGGUUUUCUUUACAAAAAGUUAGGCAUCAUCGGUGGACAACAAGCAAUCCCCCAAAGACUUUAGAACAAGUACCAUUUCCUCCAAGGAGAGGAGAUGAGUGGCACACAAUGACUGUCUUACCAUAUCUUAUGGAUCACCAUUAUGGAACUGACAAUAAUAUUAAUUACUACACAGAACGCGAGCUCAAUGAGGAAGCGCGAAGGCAAGAGGCAGAUCAACAUGAAUUAGAAACAAACAAUGUAGGAAAUCGCCAUAAAGUCAACAUCCAACGUAAUCGGUCAAGGUGGCGCAAACAAAUCAGUUGUAUUACCCCAAGAAGAUUUCCUUCGUGCAAGCCUUCGUGAUUGCUUCUCGUCCGUUCGAAGCUCAAAUUCCGACUGUUGCCGUUGCUUUUGUGAUAUGUACCAUAUUAUAGACGCCAUCUGUUUCGUUUUGUUCUCAGAAAAUUUAUUGUUUUUUUUUAAUUUUUUUCAUUUAUUUAUUCUUUUUUUAAUACGACGAUUCGAAUACAGGUAUUACGCUUCAUUUCUUUUAGAGUCUUGCAGCUUGUUUUUUUAAUAGUUGGAUUCUGUAUUAGUUUUAAAAAGUGUUUCUUUUUUAAGGUAUACAAUGUCUCAAAAGUAAAAAAAAGUGUUAUUUUAAAUGUGCAAGUACAAAUAUGUCGUUAUAUAUCCGUGUGUACAAAGAGGAAGAUCGAUGAGGAUAAAUAAAAAGUAUUUUUGUUUAAUGUGGGAGCGUUGUGUAUAUUGAUUUUGAAUAGGUGGUGAGAGAACAAUGUUGUUGAAUGUGACGCCAAGCACAAAUAGAGAAAUUUUAAAAGAAAUUUUUAUAAGCUCAGUAUUAACAGAUGAUAUGAAUUACGGUACCACGUGUAAAAACAUGUUAUAUAUUAUUGCCUAGCCCGGCGUAAUGAAAUAAUUUUACGAAAAAUGAUUCAUAUCACUAUUGUCUACCAACUGCCAUUACAUGUGAAGUGAAUUCUCUCAAUUCUAAACUUUAAAAAUGUAAUUAAUAUACUUUUAACAACUUUACCGAUUGAAUUUACUAUUGAAAUGUUUAAUAAGUGUAAAUUAAAACAGUGCGAUUGUAAAUAUGUUGUUGAUUGGUUACACAUUAUAAAAAAAUAAUAAAAAAAACGUUUCUAAGCCGGUAAUGAUACUUAUUAUGUGAGUUUUCAGAACUUUAAACUUUCUUUGAAUGUAGUUUAGCUUUUGACAAGUCGUUCGCUUCAUUUGUAUCAAAGUCUACAGUUUUAUUUGCGUACUGUAGUUAUGCGAUAAAUAUUUAACAUUCUACAUUGUAUAUAAGUAAUUUGUAAGUUGGAAAUUGAAAAAUUGUUAUUCAAAGUAUUAUAAAUAAGUUUUAUUAUAAGAUUGUCAAGUGAUUGCAAAUGGUUGAAAUAUGCAUGUUCAUCUUGUUUUCAUAAAUAUAAAAUAAUAUAAAACCAUUUUUUAUAAAAAAAAGUAGAAAAGAAUGUACCAUAUAGUUGUUUAUAAAAACUAAUUUGUUUAAAUGAAGUGCGA